GUUAGGGGACGAGAAGAGAAGACCGCAGCGCAGCAUCUUAUUUUGCGUUCAGUAAACUGUGCGCGAGGUAUGGAGCCGAGCAACUGCGCAACGAGCGCCUGAGUUUAAUAUAAUAUUUGUUGUCCGCUAUUUAUAAAGAAAAAAUAUAUAUAUUAGACUACAGGAGAAAUGAAAAUAACGUGUAAAAAGCCUAUUUCAACUGGAAACGGAGAAUAAAAGAACAACUUAACCCUUUUCUUAUUUUAAUUCAGUGGUACUUGGGCCUAUUUUGUCUAGCCUUUAAAUUGGAAUAUGGUGCUGAUAUUUUCGCAAACCAUUGCCUAGAGCAGGAAUGAGUCGAAUCCUUCCCCGCCCAAAUUAUGGUUGAUUUGGGAAGUAUUUGCGCCUAAACCGUGCUGUAGCGCAACCGACAGCCAGUAGUGGCCAGCAGCAAACAGCAGCAGCUACAGCGGUGGAUGUAGUAUCAGAGUCGGGGCGAAUCUGGGAUUCACUGUCAGAGGGGAAGAAGAGCAGAGGACUCUCUCAACGUUCUGUGAAUCAUGGCUACUGAAACCGUGUCCCCGGCAUGCACUGGAUCCAGUUUGCUGCAACCCAUAAGCGAAAUCAUCAAUCUUCCUCUCGACCAGGUCAACUUUGUGGUGUGCCAGUUGUUUGCCCUGUUGACAGCCUUCUGGUUCCGUCUGUAUCUCCACCCCAGUAAGACCAGUCCCUUCGUCAGACAUGUGGUGGCCACGCUACUGGGAUUCUACUUUGCUCUCUUCUGCUUCGGCUGGUAUGCUCUCCACUUCCUGGUUCAGAGUGGGCUCACCUAUGGCAUCAUGAUCCUCACUGGAGUAGAACACAUGCACAAGUACUGUCUAGUGGUGGCCCUGGGCUAUCUCAGCUUCUGUCAGAUCACACGUGUGUACGUCUUCGACUAUGGCAUGUACUCUGCUGACUUCACAGGGCCUAUGAUGGUGAUAACACAGAAGAUCACCAGUUUGGCAUUUGAAAUCCAUGAUGGAAUGUGCCGGAAAGAGGAGCAGCUGACCCCAAAUCAGAAGCUCCUUGCUAUAAGGAGGAUGCCCAGUCUGCUGGAGUACUUCAGCUAUAACUGUAACUUCAUGGGAAUACUGGCCGGCCCCACCUCCUCCUACAACGAUUACAUCGCCUUCAUUGAGGGCACGCCCUGCCGUCACAAUAAAGACCACCAGACCAAUGGGAAGACCAACGGCAGACACAAACAGACUGACCCCUCCCCAAACAUUGAAGUCGUCCGUAAACUGGCCACCUGUUUCUUCUCCCUCAUGGUUUUCCUCUCGGUCUGUAAAGUGUUCCCUGUGGAACGGAACAUCGACGACGACUUCAUCGCAAACACGCCCUUCUACGCCCAGGUGGUCUACCUCUACCUGUCCAUGCUGACCACCCGGCCCAAGUACUACUUCGUCUGGACGCUGGCUGAUGCCAUCAACAAUGCAGCAGGAUUUGGAUUCAAUGGAUACAACGGUGACGGCUCACCACGUUGGGAUCUCAUCUCCAAUCUGAGGAUAAUGGAUAUUGAGUUUGCCACCAGCUUCAAGAUGUUCCUUGACAAUUGGAAUAUACAGACGGCACAUUGGCUCAAAAGGGUGUGUUACGAGCGCUGUCCCUACAACCCCACAGCGGCUACCUUCAUUCUGUCAGCCAUGUGGCACGGGGCCUACCCUGGAUACUACCUCACCUUCCUGACUGGCAUCGUGGUCACACUGGCUGCACGUGCUAUGAGACACAACGUGAGGCCGUACUUCCUGGGCUCGCCUUCACACAAGCUACUGUAUGAUGGGAUCACGUGGGCUGGCACCCAGAUUGCCAUUUGUUACACUGUGGUGCCUUUUGUGCUGCUGUCUGUCGGGCCCUCUAUGAAGUUCUACAGGUCCUGGUACUUCAGCGUCCACAUCGGCUGUGUCCUCCUGGCCGUAGCACUGCCAGUCAAGCCCCGACACCUGCGCCUGAAGGAGGCUCCCGUCCUCUCCCACCAGGACUCCACCGAUGGCCACUGCAACCAGAAGACCAAAGCCACAUGAAGCAGAUUCAGAGACCAGCAACGGUGCACACACACAGAGACUAGCACCAAGGACUGCAGGGACUGUCCAACACAUUAUUAGAGAGAGAGACUGUCCAAGCUGUGUUUUGGAGUGGGAUGACGAUUCUCAUUUGUUCACGUGAGAAGGGAUGGAUGGACUGAAAGCUUUGGGAUUUACCUAUUUAAUGCACUACUUUUGACCAGAGCCCUAUGGGCCCUGGUCAAAAGUAGUGCACUAGAAAGGGAAUAGGGUGCCAAUAAAAUUUGAUUUGAUUUGGAACGCAGGCCCUACUGUAUUAUGAGGACUAGUGGUUGUGGCUCAGCGGGAUGGAGGGGUCCCGAAUCGAUGAUGAAAUGCCAGUAUUGUACUGUUACUGUAUUAUGGGAGUAUGCGAACUUGCCUUAUAACCUUUGUCUCUUUCUCCACCCAGUUUUUUUUUUAGCUUUUGUGUAUCCUCCUCAGAUUGGAUAUUAUUGUGUGUGCGGUGUUUCUCACUCAAGGUGAACAGGUUUUAGGAUCAGGUGGGAGAGAGUGGAGUGGUUUCAGUUAAUGGUGUUAUAGUCCAGGUAAAAAGCAAAGAUACAGGAAAUUAGGACACAAUAAUUAAAAGAGAAAGAAAACAAGAUAGUGUCCUUGAGGUCUUUUCACAAAAUAUGUAAGGUGUCCAACAACUCUGCCCAGAAGUGGGUGAAAAAAAACGCGCUUUGGUGAUGAAAUGUCACUUCCUUAUGUUAUUAAAUACAUUUUACCAAGACAAAUAUGAUUAUUCAUGUUCUGAAUCGUGGGGACUUUCGCUUUCAUAUCAUUAACAUUAUAGCCCAAAAGUCAGAUUUUGUUACCUAAUACGAUAAUAAGCACCGAACUCUGUUGACAUAGCGGUGCAGAUUUCUCAUCACUUCUGAGGAUUUUACUUUUUGUGGUCCUCGUCUUCAGAGUUGUUUCCGCUGGUCACAAAAAGCAAAAUUAGCAUGACACAAGCUGAAUUAAAUGUAAAAUGCUUUGAACAGAAAAAGCUUGGUAUAAGCUCAGUGCUCCGUUGACAUUUCAGAGAUAUGCUUGCUUUUGAAAGAAAUCUUUGAUAAAGGACAGGAUUUUUGCAUUAAUAUGAAAAGUGUAUACUAAAAUAUGAAAAUACUACAUGUCAUGUCUCAACAUCUGUUUCUAUCUUACCUCUAUAUUGUUUCAUGUCCUCCAGAUUCAAGAAGAAAGCCUGUCAGUUUGCCUUAAUUCUCGCACAACAUCCAGCCUAGGCUGACGGAAUGCAUUUUUCCCAAAUUUUUUUUGACCACUUUUUUCCCCCUCUGGCCUCCAUUGAUUUGGUCACCCUAAUUUUGGCCAUCCUACAAUAACUUUUGAAAGGAUUAUGAUAGAGGGAUGAGGUUUGGAGCAUUGGUUUUCUUAGAGGAGUAUUUACACAAUUAAUAUUAUACUGAAGAAAAAUAUAAAUGCAAUAUGCAUCAAUUUCAAAGAUUUUACUGAGUUACUGUUCAUAUAAGGAAAUCAGUCUAUUGAAAUAAAUGAAUUAGGCCCUAAUCUAUGGAUUUCACAUGACUGGGCAGCCACCCACUGGGGAGCCAAGCCCAGCCAAUCAGAAUGAGUUUUUCCCCACAUAAGCGCUUUAUUACAGACAGAAAUACUCCUGACCCGUGGUUACACGGGGUCUGCGGUUGUAAGGCCGGUUGGACAUACUGCCAAAUUCUUUGAAACAUUUUUGGAGGCGGCUUACGGGAGACAAAUGAACAUUUAAUGUAAUUCUCCGGCAACAGCUCUGGUGGACAUUCCUGCAGUCAGCAUGCCAAUUGCACACUCCCUCAAAACUUGAGACAUCCGUAGCAUUGUGUUGUGUGACAAAACUGCACAUUUUAGAGUGGCCUUUUAUUGUCCCCAGCACAAGGUGCACCUGUGUAAAGAUCAUGCUUUUUAAUCAGCUUCUUGAAAUGCCACACCUGUCAGGUAAAUGGAUUAUCUUGGCAAAGGAGAACAGGGAUGCAAAGAAAUGUGUGCCCAAAAUUUUUUGAGAAAUAAGCUUUUUGUGUGUAUGGAACUUUUAUUUCAGCUCAUGAAACAUGGGACCAACACUUUACAUGAAGCAGUUAUAUUUUUGUUCCGUGUAUUUUACCCAUUGGUCAAAAUAUGCAUUUUUGAUUGGACACCCUACAGUAUGAUGAUUAAUGGUCUCAACAGGGAAAAUUUCCUGAAUUACACCCGUUUCCCUACAUACAGUAAGUAGUACACUUCUUUUGACCAGAGCCCUAUGGUUCCCGGUCAAAGUAGUGCACUAUAUAGGGAAUAGGGUGCCAUUUGGGCAACACCCCAAGGACUUACUCCAGACUGUUUGCUUUUACUGGGUGAUGUUAUUGGCUCACUUCAAUGUCACUUCUGUUUUCUUCUGUUGAAUGUCAUUGUGUGUUGUUAUUAUAUAACGGUUUGACACAAUCAAAAUCUGAAAAUAAUGGUUGGUUAGAGAAAGAAACCACUGAGGGAUUAUUAUGGAACGUAUCAAUGAUUUAAAUCAGUCACCUAAACUCAUUUAGCAGGUAAUUCCAUGCUGUGAGAGUACUAACCCCUUAUUCAUGAAUUGUGUGUGAGCAGUGUGAGGGGGGAGAUGGUCUAGUAUUUCCAUGUGUAGAGGUACAUUUUGUCAUUUCAUGUACUUGUUAUUUAUGUGAUUCUAAUGGACUCGUGGUAUGUUCGACAAAGGUGAAAAGCUGGUGGAAAGGUAGGAAAAUUAACAUAGGAUCAUGUUGAGCUGGAGGUGAAAGGGACAAAAUGACAGUAUUCAUGGAAACUGCUUCUUCAGACAGUUCUGAUUCUAUUUUCAUUACGAGGGGAAGUGAAAACUAAACCAACUUUCUUCUUGAGUCCAUUGUAAGUUUAGGUAAAUAUGGUCAUUGUGAGAAACCUUUGCUUGAGGCUCUGGAGCAAAGAGAAUGGAAUGCUCAUCAUAGUCCCGAGCAGCCAACCCUGCUAAUUGUUAAUGUGGAUGAUGUGGAUGGUUUGUUUUUGUAUAUUAUGUGAUUAAAAGAUGGAUCUUUUUGGAA